AUGAGUUCUCCCAAACGCAGGAUCGAGACAGACGUCAUGAAGCUUCUCAUGUCCGACUACGAAGUAACCCUCGUCAACGACAACAUGCAAGAAUUCUACGUCCGCUUCCACGGCCCCGCAGAAACCCCCUUCGCCGGCGGCAUCUGGAAAAUCCACGUCGAACUCCCAGACCAAUACCCUUACAAGUCUCCCUCCAUCGGAUUCAUGAACAGAAUUUUCCACCCAAACAUCGACGAGUUGAGUGGAAGUGUGUGUUUGGACGUGAUUAAUCAGACGUGGAGUCCGAUGUUUGAUAUGAUUAAUAUCUUCGAGGUGUUCUUGCCGCAGUUGUUGAGGUAUCCUAACCCGACGGAUCCAUUGAACGGGGAGGCUGCGGCGCUGUUGAUGAGGGAUCCGAAGAGUUAUGAUACGAAGGUUAAAGAAUACGUCCAGAGAUACGCAACACGGGAAGCUGCGGACGACGCCACAGGCGAGUCAUCGUCCGACGAAGAAAUGAGCUCCGUCGGCUCAUUCGAUUCUGACGACGAAGACGUCGCUGGUCAAAUGGAGGUGUAAACCACACUCACACCCUCUCGUGAAUGGGCGUUUGGCGAGUUGAACGACAGCAGCAUGCAUAUGCAAGCAUUGAUUGUAUGAUAUGAGUGUAUGUACUUUUAUUCUUUUGGCGGGUGUUGCUUUUCUUGGACGGAUCUCUUUGGCGGUGUUGCGUUAGGUACCUUCUGAUCUGCUGU